AUGGCGCAUCCGUCUAUCAAGAUCGACACUAGCGUGCAGACAACCAAGCGCGGCCUGCCUGAGAACAACGAUGCAGGCCUCGAUGUACUGGGUGACCAGGACCCCAAGUUGGACGCUGGGAAUACGGAAGAUAUCCCGCCGUUCUUGUGUCUAUCUGUCGCGGAGAUCCAUGAAAAGUUCGAGGAUCUAGAAUGGAUGCAGCGGACACGUCUCGCGGAGGGGAUGAUGGCCAAUGACAUGUCGCAUCCUUUCGCCCUCGAGGUCGAUCCGAAGGUUAAGGAGAGGAACCGAUAUCUGAACGUGCAGGCGUGGGCAAACUGUCGCAUUCACUUGCGAGUGGCUGACGGCGAGUGUGAUUUUAUCAACGCCUCUCCGAUUCUUUUGGAAGAUUCCGUGACGAGGGAAAGAAGGAAAUAUAUUGCAACACAGGGUCCUACGCUUGGUCACCUCGCUCAUUUCUGGCACAUGGUAUUCCAUGAGAGUCAAGAGGUCGGUGUAAUUGUAAUGCUUACCCAAACUUUCGAAGCGGGCCGGGAAAAGUGCGCUCAAUACUUCCCACUGGACACCGAGCAGGCUUCGAUGGUUUUGUCAACUGACAAGUCGGACCUUUUCUUCAAUGUGGAUGAGCAAACAGAGCCCGGCAUUUUGGGCAAAGUCACACUGUUAGAGUCGACUUUCGAUGCUAGGUCCCGAUCUGAAAUCCGCAAACUCGAGCUGUCCAUCGGUUCAAAGUCAAAGAUUGUUUGGCAUUUCCUCUUCGCUGGCUGGGCCGAUUACUCAAAGCCCGAGGGUAGUGAUCGCCAGGCCCUGCUUGAGCUCAUCAAGUUGUCUGCCUCGAAGUCCAGCCUUGAAAACCCGCGUAUUGUGCAUUGCAGUGCCGGAGUUGGUAGGACCGGAACCUUUAUCGCACUGGACCAUUUGCUUUGUGAGCUAGAGUCGGGUCAUCUACUCAAUGUCACGGAUCCCGAAAUUGAUCCUGUUUUCGAAACCGUUAAUCAGAUGCGCGAGCAACGGAUGAUGAUGGUCUAUAAUGAAAUGCAGAUGCAAUUCAUCUACGAGGUCCUCCGCGAACAAACCGACUCCAAGCUGGGCAAGGUUCCAGAUCAUGACUCUGAUGCCCCCGGCGGCGGCGAAGAAAGGUCUGCCAAAGUCGCCAAACUCAGUGACGAGGCCAGCUACGUGCCGACUGCCAAACCAGAGCUGGAGGUUGCCCCAAGCCGCGUUCCUACGCCAACCAGAAGCUGGUCCGGUACGCCGGAAGUGUCUGAUAACGAAUAA